AUGCACUGCAAACUGACGUGGCGUGUUAGUUCGUCGGAAGGGCACGAAACCGCCUUUACAUGUGAAACGUUCAAUCGACACAACGGACGGCUUGGCAACAUGACGGCGCAAUUGUGGAACGCCGAUGUAACCAAAAUUUUGGAAUCCCUCCGCGGGAAACUCAAUGCGAAUGGGGCGCAGCAGUUGUCCGACUUGCGACUGCAUUUUGCUCAGAUGGAUUGGAAAGGCGAAGGCUUCCUCGGCCGCAAAGAGGUCGAAGUGUGUUUGAACCAUUUUGGACUCUUUCCAACCUCCCAAGAGCUGGGAACGCUUCUGCGGGUGUACGGUUCAGCCAGCACUGGGACAACGUCACCACAACUGGCGUGGGCGCCGUUUGUGGAUGCACUCGAAUCGCGGCUUUCGGCAACAUGUCGAGGGGCUGUGCGUCAGGCAUACGAGUCCAUCGGUCGUCGCAGCAACAACCGGCUCAGCGUCGACGAGUUGGCCAGUCUUGGUCGCUUCGAGCAGCACCCCCUGGCCUUACGUGGCAUCACCCCGGCCAGCGUGUUGGCCCGUGAGUUUGCUAUUGGGUUAGCUAAAGCCCAAGCAACCACCACCGCGCCUUCUGUAACGUUCGAAGCAUUCGAGGCGUACUACCACACGAUCUGCCAUGCUAUUGCAAACGAACAAGACUUUUUGAGCAUGAUGCAGGGCGUGUGGGAUGUUGACGAGCUCAAGGUGACCCCGCAAGUCCCCUUGUUUGGAGGACACAAGACCGCCCUCGUUCGAAAGCUGGAAGCGAAAACGCACGAUACGGAACUGCCGCGCGAGGUGUUGGUGCGCGUGCUCAAGAAAUUUGACAAGCAGGAAAAGGGCUCGUUGACCCAGUCCGAGUUUGCCCAAGCCAUUGAAGUGUUUGGCUUUAUCUUGACCCCUCAGCAGCUCAACGAUACGUUUCAACGUGGGGAAACGGACAAGGCUGGCAAAUUGAAUCUCGCCUGGUUUGCAGACUUCAUCUGCACCUAAUAAUGUCCAGGUGCCGCCGCUUCAGAUGCUGUCCAGUCGAUAGACUGGGAAGGCAGGUUCAUAAUGAUGACGUGGUACUUCAUACUAGUAAUAAAUAUACUUCGAAGUAUUCAUCUACUUCAAUAAUGACG